CAAGACAACCUUAGCUUCUUCAAUUUCAGACACUUCUUUCAUUUAAGUAUUUAAUUGUUCUCUUACCGGCCCGAAAUACAGAGUUCGGAGAAUUCGAAGCUGAAAGAUGAAAUCGAGCGGUGACAAAGAUAAAAAUCGAGGCGUGAGCUUGCAAAUGAACAACCUCCACCAGCGUCUUCUUCAUGCAUUGAACCUAGGCACCAGAUAUUUUGACGAGAAGACAAACCAAUGGAAAUGGCAGAGCGCAAACAUUGAAGUACAGAAACAAGUUAUACGCUCAAUUGAUGUGUUUCUUGAUUUUGUGUCUGGAGAUGCACGUGCAGCACAUCAUAGUAUUGUGAAGGAUUCUGUUGCUGAUAUUUUGGGAGCACUAUUGUGGAUUCUUCGAUGCAAAAAUAGACCCUUGUUAUGUAUGGCAGCAAAUGUAGCAGUAAAGCUAGUUAGUGUUUUACCCCAUUCAAUAUUCGAAUCUUAUAUAUUAGAUCUUGUCUAUGCUCUGUCAUCCUUGCUAUCUUCACCUUUUGUAGAGGUUGCAAUACCCUGUUCUACUUCUUUGAAUUUGGUAAUUUCAAAUUUAAAUGCCAGUAGUGCAAAGGCAGUUUGGGAGGUACUGAAACAAACAGAAUGUGUAAUUCAUAUUGUGGGCAAUAUACGCAAAUUUGUUGGAGUUGAAAUUCCAAUGAAAAUUGAAUAUUUCGAACAGAUGUCUUCGCUUUUGGGCUCAAUAUUGUUGUGGUGGCCUCCAACUCGGUUUCCUGUUUGGAAUGAUGUUCAACUGAUAAAUACUUUGUCAGAUAUGUAUGCAAGGACAGAUAUUUCUACCAAACUUGUAAUUUUGAAGCUGUACACAUCUUUAGCUUUAUGUGGAUCUGUGGCCAAAAAACUUAUAGAGAAUGGAGAAGUCUUUCUACAAAUGGUUGUGCAAUCCAUGGGAAAAUCAUACCCCGAUGCUGUGAGAAUAGAAGGCUUUAGGCUUUCUCAAUGUCUAUUGAGGUCCCAAGAGAAUUGUUUGAAAGUGAUGGAUACAUGUGGUGAAGCUCUUGUUGAUGCCAUAAUUUGUGGGAUGGAAGAAACAGGGAUGCAUUCUAGAAAAUUUGUAAACAAGAAUAGUUCUAUAUUAGUGGAAGCAUGCCGAUUGGCUUUAGUAACUCGUUGGGCAGGUGAUCAUCAUAUCAGUUUUUGGAAGCAAAGAAUUGAUAAAGUCCUCCUUAAUCUUUUGAUAGAAAAUAUUCAUGAUUUAUCAGAGGAACAUGUUUCUUCAUUGGACAAACAAAUAUCCAUUGCAAAGGAGGGUUUAAAAACCAAUCAUCAGCUUUGUGUGAGGGGUUAUGUGUGGGACAUUCUUGGUUGGCUCACAAUACAUUCUGGAGAAAAUUUCAACCCAUGUAUCCAUGGAAGUGGGCUCUACAUCAACCUGAUUAUCAUAUGUGCAUGCUUAACUUUUGAGGAUGUGAUUAAGAAAUGGUGCCGAAUAUAUCAAAAGGAUGCUGAUGAUAGUUUUCAGAGUGAACCAGCAUCAAGGGCUGUUCUAAUGAUGAUUUAUUCUCCCUGUAAUUACAUUUCAUCCCAAGCCAGGCUCAUAUUUUCUAAGACAUACUCUUCAGAUCAUUUCACUAGCUUAGCACAUACGCUAGAAUAUGCAUCAUCACUUGAAAGUUAUGGGUCGUUUGAUAAGCUCCAACUUAUCAUCAACUUGAUUGGAUUGAUCUCUUUUUUAAGUUUACCUCAUCAUCAUACACUUGAAGGCAAAUACAUAAGGACAGUUGCUUUCAUAGUAAAACGAUGCUUAGGCAAUGAUAUUGAUGUAUCAAGGCUCAGCUUAGCUCCUCAUUUGCAUACUACAUUGUAUGAAAAAUCCUGUUGUUGGAUGGACGCAGAAGAUUGGGAAGGUUCCAAUAUUCUCUUGUUUUAUGGUUUGUGGGGCUUAGCUGAAAUGGUUCACCAAUCUGCCCCUUUACAAAAUAAUUCUCGCAUAUCUAUUGUUGAUAUAGAAUAUUUUGAAGCUCAGUUAGUUCGCAAACUCCUUGAGAUUUGCAGUAAUGCCUCUUUUACUCAUGGUUUAAGAUGGUAUGCAGCUUAUAUUCUUAGUCAUUUUGGAUUUUAUGGUUUCCCAAAUGAACUAGGCAAAAGGGUUGGGAGAUGCCUUAAUGAGAAAGAAUAUGCAGAUAUUCAACUCUUUUUGGCCAAUGGCAAUACUUUGAGUGUUCAUGGUGUUAUUCUUGCUGUUCGAUGUUCAUCAUUGCUCCCUCCCGAAGUUAGUCUUGUUAAGGAAAAAAGAAUCGAUGGCCAAUCCAUUAGGGAAGUUCGUUUGUCUUCUCAUGUUGAUUAUGAAGCAUUAGUGAAGUUGUUGGAGUAUGUAUAUGUGGGAUACUUCCAUGCCGAUGAAGAAAUUGUAAAGAAGUUGAAAAUUCUUGCUAAGCGCUGCGAUCUGCAGCCUCUCCUGCAAAUGCUUCAUAGACAAAGUCCAAAAUGGGGAACAUCAUUCCCCAGCUUUGAUCUCACUCCAUCUCUUGUUUCAGCUGGAAGUUGUUUUUGGGAUGUUAUAUUGGAAUCUAAACAAGAAAAACUUGAAGGAUGGACAUGCUGUACAUGCUCUCAUUCAGUUCCACACUUGCAUGUUCAUAAAGUUAUUUUACAAUCUGGCUGUGACUACUUGCAAGGAUUGUUUCGUUCAGGAAUGAAAGAGAGUAAUUCACCAAUCAUAAAGGUUCCUACUAGUUGGGAAGCAGCGAAUAAGCUUGUGCACUGGUUCUAUUCCAGUGAACUGCCAAAUCCUCCAUCCGGAUGUUUGUGGGAUAAUAUGGAUGAUGAGCAAAAACUAUGCAGCUUACAGUCAUACGUGGAGCUUUAUUGGCUUUCAGAAUUCUGGAUUUUAGAAGAUGUUCAAGAAGCUUGCUGGAACGUGAUUGUAUCUUAUCUUGAUAAUUCAAAGCAGUUGUCCCUUAAAAUGCUUAAAAUGGCCGGCGACCUCUCUCUAUGGAAAUUAGCUGAUGUAGCAGCAAUUCACUUGGCUCCUUCAUAUAGUCAAUUACGAGAUUCUUGUGAACUUGAAGAUUUGGAUGAUGCUCUUGUUCAUUUAAUUUGUUCUGCUUCUACUCAACUUAGCCAAAAUGGAUGAAAUUUCUUUAAAUGCUUGCUCGCUCUUUCUUUC